GACUGCUCGUCGAGGAGAACCAGCCGUGUUGCAAUGCGAGGCUCAGGGUGAAAAGCCUAUUGGAAUCCUAUGGAACAUGAACAACAAGCGACUGGACCCGAAGAGCGACUCUCGGUACACCAUCCGCGAAGAGAUUUUGGCGAACGGCGUCCUUUCCGACCUGAGUAUCAAGAGAACGGAACGAGGAGACUCUGCCCUCUUCACCUGCGUUGCGACCAAUGCCUUCGGCAGCGACGACACCAGCAUCAACAUGAUCGUUCAAGAGGUUCCGGAAGUGCCAUAUGGCCUGAAAGUGCUGGACAAGUCCGGACGCUCUGUGCAACUGUCCUGGGCCUCACCCUACGACGGAAACAGCCCCAUAAAGCGAUACGUAAUCGAGUACAAGAUGAGCAAAGGAUCCUGGGAAAGCGAUAUCGACAGAGUACUCGUGCCUGCCUCUCAGCAAAACAUUGCUGGAGUCUUUAAUCUGCGACCAGCUACGACCUAUCAUCUCCGAAUUGUCGCCGAGAACGAGAUCGGAACCUCCGACCCAUCCGACACUGUGACCAUCAUCACGGCAGAAGAAGCCCCAUCAGGACCACCCAGCUCGGUCAGAGUGGAUGCGUUGGAUCAGCACACCUUGAAGGUUACCUGGAAGCCCCCUCCACGUGAGGACUGGAACGGCGAGAUCCUCGGCUACUACGUUGGCUAUAGACUAUCUUCCUCCACUGACAAACCCUACAUGUUCGAAACUGUCGAAUUCUCCAAGGAAGACGGCAAGGAACAUCACCUGCAGAUCAUGAACCUGAAGACGUACACGCAAUACAGCGUGGUCGUGCAAGCUUUCAACAAGGUUGGAUCUGGCCCCAUGAGCGAGGAACGUAGACAACACACUGCCGAAGGAGUGCCGGAACAACCACCCCAUGAUUCCACCUGCACCACCCUGACCUCUGAAACUGUUCGAGUUUCCUGGGUUUCUCCACCAUUGAGCGCGGCUAACGGAGUGAUAACUGGAUACAAGGUCAUCUACGGACCCUCUGACACCUGGUAUGACGAGAACAGUAAGGACACCAAGAUCACCUCCUCUAGCGAGACCAUUUUACAUGGACUGAAGAAGUACACCAACUACAGCAUGCAAGUCCUCGCUUUCACUUCCGGUGGAGACGGAGUGAAGUCUGCGCCGAUUCACUGCCAAACCGAACAAGACGCCCCCGAAGCACCAGUCGCUAUCAAGGCUCUAGUUAUGUCUGCCGAGUCGAUCCUCAUCUCCUGGCGGCCACCUAGUCAACCAAACGGUGUUAUCUCUCAGUACACUGUUUACACGAAGGCCGAGGAUGCAGAAGAAGCUACCGCUCACAAAGUCCCUCCUAGCCAACUGACCUAUGAGGCAACGAGUCUGGAUAAACAGCAUAGAUACGAUUUCUGGGUGACCGCGAGUACCAACAUCGGUGAGGGAGAUCGGUCCAAGGUGGUAACCCUUUCGCCAAGCAUUCGAGUACCUGCAAAGAUUGCUUCGUUCGACGACAAAUUCACUGCGACCUACAAGGAGCACGUUAAGCUGCCAUGUCUCGCUGUUGGAGUACCAGCACCAGAAGUCACCUGGAAGGUCCGCGGAGCGACUUUGCAACCCAACGAUAGACUGCGCCAACUGCCGGAAGGAUCCCUGUUCAUCAAGGAAGUCGACAGAGCGGAUGACGGAGAGUACUCUUGCUACGUGGAGAAUUCGUUCGGUCAUGACACCGUGACUCAUCAGCUGAUCGUGCACGCACCUCCGCACUCUCCGAAAGUCAUCCUCACCGCCACGACCACCAACUCUCUUACCAUGAAGCUGGAACCCCACCCCACUGACAAAGCACCUAUUCACGGCUACACUAUCCACUACAAGCCUGAAUUUGACGACUGGAAGACCAUCCAAAUCAGCGCUACCACCCAGAAAUACACCUUGGAGAACUUGUGGUGUGGCUUCCCGUACCAGAUUUACGUGACCGCUUACAAUGGAAUUGGAACCGGCGACCCAUCUGACAUCCUAAACAUCCGCACGAAGGGGUCCAAGCCGAUCAUCCCGGAAGCUGCCAGAUUCAUCGAAGUAUCCACCAACAGCAUCACCCUCCACCUGAGUGCCUGGUCGGAUGGCGGCUGCCCAAUGUCUUAUUUCGUGGUCGAGCACAAGAAAAAGCACCAGAAGGAAUGGAACCAGGUCUCGAACAACGUCAAACCCAGUGGCAACUUCGUCGUGUUGGAUCUGGACCCGGCAACUUGGUACCACUUGCGCGUCACGGCACACAACAACGCCGGCUUCACGGUUGCCGAAUACGAGUUUGCGACCUUGACGGUAACGGGAGGCACCAUUGCGCCGGCCCGCGAGCUCCCUGAUGUGAACGGCGGCGGGGCAGGCCCUGACGACCCGAUGAGAAUGCUCGUAGCCAACCUGAACCUGGUCGUACCCGUGGUCGCCGCCGCUCUCGUCAUAGUCGUUGCCGUGAUCGUCAUCUGCGUCCUUAAGGGGAAGGGCCACGGUGGCGAUAAAGACGACGUGGUAUACCAACAAUCCGGAGUAGUGGGAUCCACCCUAGACAAACGCCGACCAGACCUUCGAGAUGAGCUAGGAUACAUCGCCCCUCCCAACCGCAAGCUGCCACCGGUACCCGGCUCUAAUUACAACACUUGCGAUCGCAUCAAGCGAGGUGGGACAGGUUCGUUAAGGAGUCACUCGACUUGGGACCCCAGGAGGCACAUGUACGAGGAACUCGGCCAUUAUGCGCCGAGCAGAAGGUGUCCACCGCCCCCGCCGCGCAUCGACAGUGCCGAGGGUCUCUCGCACAGAGGCAUGGAGGACGAGAUCUGCCCGUACGCGACCUUCCACCUGCUCGGCUUCCGCGAAGAGAUGGACCCCAGCAAGGCCAUGCAGUUCCAGACCUUCCCGCACCCAGGAAACGGACACUCCGGCACCAUGGGCCCUCCUGCUGGACAUCCUGCCAACGCCCCCGCUCACAGUCGCUCCGGCUCGCAAUCCAUGCCUCGCCAAAACGGCCGAUACUCCCGGGUGCCAUCUCAAGGUGGGUGCAACGGAAACGGCAGCGUGGGAACCGGACCCCACAUGUUCUCUCCUGAAUACGACGACCCGGCCAAUUGCGCCCCUGAAGAGGACCAGUACGGAUCGCAGUACGGCCAGUACGGAGCACCUUAUGACCAUUAUGGAUCCCGUGGCUCCGUAGGAAGACGCAGCGUAGGGUCGGCGCGCAACCUCCCGACCUCCGGGUCCCCCGAGCCUCCUCCACCUCCUCCCCGCAACCACGACCCGAACAACUCGAGCUUCAACGACAGCAAGGAGAGCAACGAGAUCAGCGAGGCCGAGUGCGACCGCGACCAGAUGGUGAACCGCAACUACGGUGUUAAUCCCCGCGGCAAGGACGGCAUGACCACGGAGGAGAUGCGGAAGCUCAUCGAGAGAAACGAAGUCCCCGGCCGGCAAGCCAGCGCCGCCCCCGGCAGCCACGGUGGACUCCUCACACCCUACGAUACUGUGGCAGUGUAACCUCUAAGGGGGUUCCCGGAGGCCUCCGGCACAGCUGCAGCAUGGAGCUCCUCGGAAGGUGUCCCGAAGCUGCGGCCGAGUCCCCGCCAGCGUCUCGUCGGUCCAAUUGCAACGAUUUAACGAUAUUUAGAGCGACCUAGCCUCGCCGCCCCGAGGAGGGGUCCCGUCCGCGGCCCCCUAGGUACGCGCGCCUCCACCAGCCCGUCUCUCGAGGAGGACGGGGCGCGUCGCCCGCCACCCUCGCGCUACUAUCUCACUCUCUCCCCUUUUUAUCUAAUCGGGUCGCGUCCCCGAGUCUACGGUUGUGAUCCAGCAGGAGCGUGACGCGAGCGGACGGUACUCUUCUAGAGAGGAGUCGAGGCUGUGCCACACUGCCGCUCCCUGGCGAGUCAUUUUGUAGCGGGGUCGCGCGCGACCUGGGAACCCCUCGACUCCGUAUGACGAACCCAUCAGACUCCGUAGACGAGGUCGAGUCUCCCCAGGGCGCGCACGGCCCCGACCUCUAGCUUCGUAACGAGGUCGACUAGGCCGAUGCGUUUUAGGUUCGCCGCUACCGACGAUCGUCGGGCCUCUUUGUAACCGUCGAUUUAAGUCGAUACCGACUAUACUUGAGUUAUACGAGGAUAACUCUACGCGAUGAUAUUAAGAUUAAGCGAUUAAAGGUAAACGUUAACGCUAACGAAGUUAGGUAGGACCAGUAAGCAGGACGUAUGGUCGCGAGGGGGUACUAUUUGCGAGCCUCGUCGCGGCGCUGAAUUAGAACCACGGGGGGGUUCCUGUCCUUGGCUCGAGCGCGUACCGGUUCAGCGCAGCGCGAACGCGCGCUUAAGUACGCAUCUCAUAGUCUCAUCGUUUUUAUCGCGCUCCUACUAUCCUAGCUAGGUAGCUAUGCGUAGUUGUCCCGGUCGGCCCAACCGCGGUCCCACGGUCGCGUCGUCCAUAGGGAUGCCCGAACCCGGUCCUCGCAUUGGGGACACCUCCGGGUAUUCCUGGGACGAGGUGGGAAACUCCCGGCAGAACCAUAAGGACGAUUAAGGGGGUGCGAGAGUGGCAUCCGAGGAGUCAAUCGUUCACGAAGCUUUUCUCCAAACUGGGUGCGUCGAAUACUUUCAAACCUUACAACGUUAAUGCGAAGGCUACAAGGAAUAGUCUGACACCCAUGAAACUUCAUUCUUCGACAAAAGUUUUGAAAUUACAUAUAAACAAAUUUAAAAAGAGAAAAAAGAAAUGGAUUUUCGUUAGCGUCAGGACCUUCCUUAUUGCCUUCAUGUUCACGAUGUAAAGUUUGAGAGGAUUCAAUACACUCAGUUCGGAGGAAAGUUUCAUAAAAGAGACCUCUCCGAUGCCACUUUCGCAUCCCCUUAACGCGACCCUGGGUCCCGGUGAAGCCGUUCCAGGUUAAACUCGUCGAUGUGAUUUCAACGCCGCGCAACUCUUCGUGUCUCGUGUAUGUAAUAACUACCAGCAUCUCGUUAUAUCCAAUCUAUACGUAUGCAUACGUAUUAAUAAUUGAUAUCUAUCGAUAGUGUACGACGUACUCGUGUAAAACUACUUUCUUAGGGUGAGCUUCUCGCAUCGAAAGGGUUCGGAAUCUCCGGCUCGAGUUUGCCUCGGUGCCGUCCGAGAGUUCGGCCCAUGAUAAAGCCGAGCUCUGGGAAAAUGGCACCUAAAGAGGGACAUCGGCCGAGGCCAUUAGCGAAGGUCGUCAGGUUCCCGAGGGUGUAACCCUUUCUCGCCGACACUGGAAGCAGAUGUUAAAUUGGGUGCUGAAACUUUAGGCUUACUUUCCCCCGCUCCCGCGACCUCCCACUCUUCAGUCUUUGCGCUUAUCAUUUUUCGUUAGCGCUGCCGGUCCGCGAUUGUAAACGAUUCUGCAGAAGGCUGACGCAGGUGUGGCCACCGGCCACGAUCGAAUCGGUGUUUUCUUCGCGUUUUCACGAUCUUACCGAUCAACUUUUACUGACUCUCCAGUGCCACUACUUUACGUUUUUGUACCAAAGUUGUAGUACCUAACUUUACGUUGAAUAAAUAAAUAAUACGUAAACGAAA